UCGAAACAGCUAGGGCAUCCUGUCAGAAUGUGGGUAUGCACCUCGUAACGAUCGGAUCCCAGGCAGAACAGGACUUCCUGACCUCAAGCAUACCUGUGAACAACUCCGAGUUCUGGAUCGGUCUUGCCAGUGUGACCUGGCAGGACGGUUCACACCUAAUGUCCCAUAAAUUCCAAGGAUAUUCUUAUGAUUGGGACAAUGAAGGAACGUUCUUUGUAAUGCAUAUACCGGCAAUACCAACCGAGUGGUUUGACGAUGUCAUCAUAGAUAAUCACAAGCACAUUUGUAUAUGUGAAAAGGAAGGUGCCUGUGACGCGGAACAUGUUGAAUUUGGAGGGUCUUGCUACCUCUUCACCGGAAAUUUUUCAACUUUCAACGAGUGCAAGACAACGUGCGAGAGCCUCGGGAUGCACCUGGUUUACUUAGGUUCCAAAGAAGAACAAGACUUUCUGGAUAUCAACCAACCACCACAGGAAGGCUCAUGGAUCGGACUCGGUCCCGUGACCUGGCUCGAUGAUUCCACCCUGACCUAUGCAAAUUUCGGGACGACCCCUUCGACAUUCGAUGACGAUGGAGAGGUUUUCGUGAUGAAUGCGUCGUCUUCCUUCCAGUGGUUCGAUGAUGACGGUUCCAACCUUCACCUGGGUAUUUGCGAAUAUUACGGAGAUUGUACUCCCACUUAUUUUGGGUCUUGCUAUUCUAUUCAUGUAAUUACCAGCAAUUUUUCGACGACGAGAUCAGCUUGCGAGAACCACGGAAUGCAUCUCGUCUCGAUAGGCUCCGCGGGAGAACAAAACUUUUUGGCGGACUUUGUGUUCUCGUUUACUCUCGAUAGCAGCAUCGAUUACUGGAUUGGAUUAAAGAGUUUUAAAUGGGACGAUGGUUCACGAAUGACAUUUAACAGUUUCAAAGGGUAUUCAUAUGAUUUUAACGAGAUGGGGAUGUGCUUUACCAUGCGUACAUGGGAUCUGCCCCAAUGGUUUGACAUAACAACUGACCCUUCGGCAGAAGAAUAUUACAUGUACAUAUGUGAAACAGAAGAGGUACCUUGCCAUUCACUUCAAGUCGAACACAAUGGAUCCUGUUAUUUCUUCUCCCAAAACACAUCGACUUACCCUGCAUCCAAAUCAUUCUGUGAGGCACUUGAUAUGCAUUUAGUUUACAUUGGGUCCAAAGAAGAGAGCGACUUCCUGGAGUCUAACGGCCCAUUGGGCUGGAACCUAUGGAUAGGAUUAAGUGCCGUGACUUGGCUUGAUAAUUCCACCCUCACCUUCGCACACUUUGGCACCACCGCCUCGGCGUUUGAUGAUGGUGGAAUCUCUUUCGUCAUGAAAUCGUCAUCUUCUUUCCAAUGGUUUGAUGAUGACAGCCGUAGCCAGCAUUACUACAUUUGUGAGCAGGAAGUUGACGCAACCGAAUCUACAACAAUCGCUCCCUAUACAAGUGAAAGUGAUGAUGAGGGAGAGGAAUGCACCACUGCUGUUUCCAUACCGUCAACUGAUACAAUAUCAGCAACAUCUACCACACCCACUGCACAAGUUGUGCCUGCAAUAUCAGCAACAUCUACCACACCCCCUGCACAAGUAGUGGCUGCAACAACUGUCUCCUCUGUUCCUAAGUCAGGUCUUAAGCGAUCCACAUACUUUAAGACUCUGAUUAGGGGUAAAGCCAUCGUCAGUGACCACGUCAGCUUCUCCUUCACGGCUUCAAGGGUCAUCGAUUGCGGCCGCGGCUGCCUCGAAGACGGCUCCUGUUCAUGUUUCACGUACAUCGCCGAGGAGAGCAUGUGCCUCCUUGCCAACAGUUGCCCAACAUCAUUCAUAUCUGAUUACGAAAGACACCCUGGAGCUGUAACAUAUUCAACUUAAAUCCAAUCUUUGGUUGUUUUCUUUGCUUGUAAAUUAUCAUGAUUAAAUGAUCCUGAAAAUUAUUUUAGCAAUCAAAUUUGAGUGCUUUUCAAUGACCCGUACGUACUCUGAAGCCCAGUUUAAAUUAACGUUGGCCAUGGCCUAACUCUGGCUAAAAUAUUAUGGGAAGCCAAAUAGUGUUAAUUUUAUCUCUGACUGGGUAAA